CAUCGCGGGAUAAUUUGGAUUAGGUAUCAACACCUUUAUCACUAUGAGAAUCCCUAGAGUAUAAAGAGGCAGGAAGAUCUCCUACAAUAAUAAUAAAAAAAAAAAAAAAAAAAAAAAAAAGAAAAAAAAUAUGUAUGAAAAAAAAUGUAAAAAAAAAAAAAAAAGAAAGAGAGAGAGAAAAAGAAAUACAUAUUGUAAUUCAUUGUCACAGAUGAAAGAUCUCGUAUAUGUAAAAGUCAAUAAUUUUAUUGGAUUUUCUAUCGAUAUUUAUAUUCUUAUUAUUCUUUUCAAAUCAAUUUUAUUUCAUAUCAUAACCGUAUUAACAAUAUCAAACGAAUAUUUAACAUAUCAAAUGAGAAAUGAAAUGGAAAUGAAAUGAAAUGAAAUGAAAUGAAAUGAAACGAAAUGAAAUGAAAUGAAAUGAAAUUGUUAGAGAGCGUAUACGCGAGUUCGUUCGAAACUCUCCUGGGAACAAUGGAAGAAGGUUUUUAUGACUAAUCCUUACGAUCCCCUUAUGUUCGUCCCAUCGAUGAUGACGGAAAGAUAAUGAACGUGUCUGAAAAUCAUAUGUUACGAGUAUACGCAUACUAAUGUAUAUAAUUCCUCAUGUACAAAAGCGAAACACGUGGGUUAAUUUUUUUUUUCCUUCCCUUUCUUUCCUUCUUUUUCCUUUCUUUUUUUUUUUCCUUUACAAGGGCAAGUUUCUUUCGCAUGAUCCAAACCCUACCGUUUGGAAAAGACACCCACCCUUUACGCUUGUGUGUGUACAACAACACAGAUGGUUUAAUGCGACGAGAAUCGUAUGAACACGAACAAGCAAACAUGUUUGCGACGUUUGUUCGAGGGGUGAAUAGAGAAGUAACGUUGUUCGCUUUGAUAUGCCGUUGCCAUGGUGAUAAACAACUUAAACGAAAGCGAUAUUUUCAGAAAGAAAAGCACCCGGCUUUCUUCAUCCUCGGUUUCUCAUGUCACAAUAAGAUCUCUGACACGUUUAUAUAAGAAAAUAAAAAAAAAAAAAAAAUGGAUUCGCGAGGUAGUAGUGAGACAAUGUCAUUUUUCGUCGAUGUCGUUACCGAAGAUUCAUUCUACGAGAAUUUAACGUUAGGUGUCGUCAAGAUUCUCGAAAAUUCGCCAUGCGUUAAAAACGUUCGCGUUAACAGACGAAAUGGUUGCGAACGAAACGCCAUUGCGAAUUGGGAGCAACGACACGGCUGCGUGUUGCCAGAAGACGUGAAGAAUUUCUAUGCCUCGAUCGAUGGUUUUCUACUACAGUGGAAUCUCGAGAUAGCAGGCGAGGAAUUUCCGGUAGGGCGAAUGGAGAUAGGCAAGCUGUCGUCCCUAAAACGUUACCUCGGUGUUGGGAAGGAUCGACAAAGCGGAACGACGGCGAGUCUGGCCACGGAGGAAGGAGGGGACAUCGAACCGGAAGUUGAGAUACUCGUAGGGAGUACCGAGGACGUUGUUACUGGUAACUCAAAGAUUCACACGGUUAAUCCUCGUGGUUCGAAACUCUUUGAGAUAGCUCGAUGCUUUCCCACAAGUUCGGAUGCGAAGAUUUAUUUGGUAUAUACGAAUAAAGCUGAACAAACGUCCCCUGAAAUUUGGCUUCAUCAGGAAACUGCAGAUCGAUGGUAUCAUCUGGCCGAUGAUUUUACCAGAUACUUUCGUAUGAUGUUGGUCCAUCUUGGUUUGCCUGUUUGGCAAUGCUGUGUCGUUGGCUUACCUCUGCCAACCUGGGUUGAGCAAGUCUAUUUCUUGGUUGGGCCUCAUCUACUGCCAAAUAUAAUAGAACCAACGGAAACAAUUUCUAGUAGUCUCUGGAACAAUGGUCCAACCAAUCUACUCGAUCCGAACAUUUUCAAGGGUAAAGAAAGUAAGCAAAGAAAUCCAAGAAAGAAAUGAUUUUUUUCGUAGUCAUUGCCGUCCUUCUGAUCAUCGUGAUAAAUCUUUCUCUUUCGAGGAAAAAGAAAAAGGAAAGAGAGAAAAAAAAAAAAAGAAGGAAGGAUAUCAUGGCGAUCCGUCAAACGUACGAACCCCUUUAUAUUUUCCUCAAAAGAAAAUGAAAGAAUCGUGCACGCGUAAAAGUGUCUUAGGAACAAAGGUGAAAAGAAAUAUUAUAGGGGGGGAGAAAGUAAAAGGUGACAUUUUAAAAAAUCAACAUCUUGUUUCUUUCUUAUUCGAAAAGAUAAUUUCUACGAGUGCGAGAGAGAAAGAAAAGACAACUUCCGAUAUCAUCCAUAACCUUUUAGUAAAUAGCACUGGGUAUAUCACUUGGGAUAUAUUGAAAUUGAAUUGGCACACGAUCUCUUCCUCUAUCUUUAUCUCUUUCUCUAUUUUUAUCUUUUUAUCUCUUUCUCUCUCUCUCUCUCUCUUUCUCUCUCUCUCUCUCUGUUUCUCUUUCUCUCUUUCUCUAUCCAUCUCUUUUUGUUUUACUUUCCUCGUUCUUAUUUAAUGCACGUCAUUACGGAUCAGCUCGUUAAAUUCGCCUUAAAUCAUUGUAAUAACAGUUUAAAGGAAUUAGAACACGCAUAAAAUUAAUCAAAAGAAUUUAACAUUCAAUUUAUUCGGAUAUUCGUUUGAUUUAAAAAGUUCCGACGAUAAAACGCAAUAAAAUUUCUCGUGUAAUUUAUUAUUUAACUCCGAUAUACCAUCGAUAGAGUUUUACCUAUAUUUUAUUUAUUUUCUUGUCUUUUUUUCUUUCCUUAUUUUUUCUUUCUUCUUCUUCUUCUUUUUCUUUUCUUUUUCUUUUUUUUUUUUUUUUUUUUUUGGAAAAUAUCACUAUAGAUAGAAAGAAGAGAUGAAAUAUAUCGAUGAUGGAUUUGUUCGAGCCAGGACAUAAUCCUGUUGUGUCACGUUCGCGUAGAAAAAUAAAAUGGAUAUAAAGGGGGACGAAGAAGGACAAAAAGAAAAGAACGAAAAUAUAAAAAUAAAAAUAAAUAAAGCAAUAAAAAAACUUUAAAAAUGCAAGUUUCUCUUAUAAAAUCCAUUUACCAUCUAGUAUUACUACAUAUAUAUAUACAUAUAUAUAUAUGUAUAUAUAUAUAUAUAUAUAUAUAUAUAUAUACAUACAUAUAUACAUAUAAUGGCAGAACAGCAAUAAACGAUUCUUCUCUUCUCCUCGACCCUUGGCCCAGUUGGCACGGUACGCACGCAAAAAUGGCAGCGCACUGCUGCGACUGGCAGCACGCCUUCCUAUUUGGCUACUGCGGCUAUCCGUGAAACGCAGUCGUUUCGUCGCCGUACACAACCAACCAUCUACGAACUUUUUAUUUCUUUUUACCCAGUUUUUUUUUUGUUUGUUUGUAUUUUUUUUUCUUCCCCCAAACUCCAUAAUCCAGAUACUUUCUAUGCGGAAAAUCCUUUGGCAAUCCGAAUGCAUAUUCCUUUCUUCCUCGUUUUCUUAUAAUCCUUCCUUCCUCUUUUUCCUCUUCGUCCUUUUCCUCUUCCUCUUCCUUUUCCUCUUCUUCUUUUAUCCAUUCCAUUCUUGCCAACAUCGACCCUUACUCUCGAUAGACAAAAUUCGUGAUAAGGAAAAGUAAAAAGAUAUAUAUAUAUAUAUAUAUAUAUAUAUAUAUAUAUAUAUAUAUAUAUAGAAAGAGAGAGAGAGAGAGAGAGGGAGAGAGGGAGAGAGAGAGAGAGA